GAGUAAAUACCAAGUCAGCGAUUGCUCUAAGUCAACUGCCGUUGUGUUAUUAUUUAGGAGUAAAUACCAAGUCAGCGAUUGCUCUAAGUCAACUGCCGUUGUGUUAUUAUUUAGGAGUAAAUACCAAGUCAGCGAUUGCUCUAAGUCAACUGCCGUUGUGUUAUUAUUUAGGAGUAAAUACCAAGUCAGCGAUUGCUCUAAGUCAACUGCCGUUGUGUUAUUAUUUAGGAGUAAAUACCAAGUCAGCGAUUGCUCUAAGUCAACUGCCGUUGUGUUAUUAUUUAGGAGUAAAUACCAAGUCAGCGAUUGCUCUAAGUCAACUGCCGUUGUGUUAUUAUUUAGGAGUAAAUACCAAGUCAGCGAUUGCUCUAAGUCAACUGCCGUUGUGUUAUUAUUUAGGAGUAAAUACCAAGUCAGCGAUUGCUCUAAGUCAACUGCCGUUGUGUUAUUAUUUAGGAGUAAAUACCAAGUCAGCGAUUGCUCUAAGUCAACUGCCGUUGUGUUAUUAUUUAGGAGUAAAUACCAAGUCAGCGAUUGCUCUAAGUCAACUGCCGUUGUGUUAUUAUUUAGGAGUAAAUACCAAGUCAGCGAUUGCUCUAAGUCAAAUGAAAGGUGUUCAUUUUGGUAAGGCAUCUGGACGUUCAACGCCAAGGAGAAGUUCUUCAAGGUCAAUAAAGAGAAAAAAGUUUGAUGAUGAAUUAGUGGAAAGCAGUUUAAAAAAUCCUGGCAAAACUUUGGGUCUACCAGAAGUUCUAGAAGGCAAGGAAAAGUUCAAAAAGGUUUGGCUUAAGUAAUAAUAUUGAUUUAGAUAAUGAAUUCAUCAAAGCUGAAUAUACUAUUUCAUCAAUAUAUUUUAGUUUGUGAGCAAACCUCCAGGUGCUAUUGGCCCACCUUUGAAUAAGAAACAAAAGAAAAAUAAGGUCAGUUUUUAGGGAAAUUAAUUCUAGACCACUCAUUCACUGUUGUCUAAACUGCUCUCAUUAAAGAAAGGUAGUGAAAUAAACUUUUACUUUGAAGGAAUCAGGGUUUGAAUUAACAGAUAGCGAUUCGCGAUUCGCUAUCCGUUUUUGGGAUUUCGCUACUCAUUUUGCUAUACAGUAAUAUAAAAAAAUCACUAUUCAACCUGAGAAGAUUUCACAUGUGAAAAAGAAAAACGGAUAACAUUGGAAGCGUUCGUUUUCAAACAAUUCUUUGUGUAUUUUGAGGCAAAACAUUCUCUCAUUUGCGCUGAUAUUUCUGAAUAGACAACAGAAUUCUGUUGUGUUUCCUAAUGGCCUCAAGCUGUGUUUUGGUUUAAUGUUUUAAUAUGAUAGGCUGACAGUGUAAAAUUGUGUCAAAAUCCACUUAGGAAAGGUCAAAUGUCAUGUUACUUGUUCACACAACUAUAUAAUCAGAUUUGAAUUUCACAAUCACUUGGGUUUAAAACCCGAAUCAACUAACUCACUGUUCAAUAACUUUCUAGUUUAAUUCAUAAUGUGUCAGAAUAUGCGAUGUACGCAAGUUAAAUGUUUUGCUUCUGAGCUUUGCCAUAUUUACUUUAUGUACAGUAUUUUGUUUGUACUUUAAUUUGCUCUAACUUUGAAUAAAUGCCUUUUAAUGAAAGUCAAAAUGAUUUCAGCUCUAGACGAAAUUUUGAUCUAGACAAGAACGAAACCAUUACCACAGCUGGAAAGAGCAUCUUAGGAUGAGUAAAAUUGCAAAGUUUGGUUGCGAAUUGUUGUAAAAUGAGGAAAAUAUAGCCCUGUGAAGUUCGCAACAUUUUAUAUAUAUUCGCAUUACAUGCGGGAAAAAUAACCAUUUUUGAGCCAAAAGUGGUUAUUUUUACUGUGUGUACUGACAAAUAUAUACAACAUCUGCGAACUUCACAGGGCUAUAUUUUCUUCAUUUUACAACAUUUAGCAACCAAUCUUUGCAGUUUUACUCAUUCUAAAAUGCUCUUUCCAGCUGUGCUGUUGCAUUUCGUUCUUCUUGCCUUGAUCAAAAUUUAGUUUAUAGCUACAAUCACCCGUUUUAACUCUUUUAGAUUUUGCACGAAUUUUUACGGGUGAUAAUUGGAAUCAUUUAAUUUUACAUCGUCAUUUUCUCACUUUUCUGUCUUGUUAAUCUUACACAACUACCAAAAAAUAAAGACUACUUAAUUUAAUCUUUCUAAUUAUAACAGCCUUUCUGGUUGAAGAUCGAAUGCUUAAUCCUUUUUUACUGUAUAUGCAACACAGUAAUCACUUAGUAGAAAUUUGCUAUUCACUUUUUAUUGCACGAGUCAAUGGGUAGAAAUUUGCUUUUCACUUUUAAAUAUUUAAUUCGAACCCUGGAAGGAAUUCAUAUCACCAUUUACUGUAGGGUAAUACAACUCCAUUGAAAGAUGUUGGAAGGUGGCGCCCAGCGGAUGAUCUUACACUUAUAACAGCUGUUCUUCAGGUGAUUGUUUUACUCUGUCAACCUCCCUCUAAAUCACUGAAAUCAAUAGCUUGUUGUGUCAGCAUUUAAAUGAAUGACUAUUUUAUAGACCAACGACUUGAAUGCAGUGCGCAUUGGUUGCAAGUUCUCAUGCAGAUUCACAUUAAGUGAAGUACAAGAUAGAUGGUAUGCAUUGCUGUAUGAUCCAGUAGUGUCAAGGUAUAGCUAGUACUGUAUUGACUUACUUUAUUAAUACCGCAUGCUCUGAAUUUGCAGUAUCCCAAUAUGUACAGGAUACCAUAAUUUGGUUUUGUAUACCAUGAAACUCAAUGGUUUGUUUUCCUGUGAGACUGGAAUGCUAUAUGUCUAGUAUAUAGUUUUUGAGGCUUUCUUCUUUUUCCUGCUGGUGAGGAGUCAUUAAUGAGAAAUAUUUUUUUGUCUAGGUUGGCAUCAUUUGGCAUGAAACAGCUACCUGCUGACAUUGUUCUGCAGAUUCAAAGCAGUACAUUAUGGGGCAGAGAGGAGGAAGCUCUUCUGGCCAAAACCUCUGCGGUAUGUUACUCAAAGAAAUUUCUCUUGGUAGAAAUGUAAUUAAUAACUGCUGCGUGAGAUAUUAUGAACAUGUCCUAGAACACCUGCAUCUCAUAAGAAGUUUAUCAUGAAAUAAACUUUUAUCAGUCUGAGCAAAAUUUAUAUCUCGGUCAAACUUUUUGUUCAUUUCCCCCAGGGAGAAGAUGUUGCUGAAAAUGUCUUGCUUAAUUAAUGUUUCUUUCAUUGUGAAUAUAUGUAGACUACAACAGCAGCUGUCGAAUAUUUUCAACAUUUACUGGAUGAAAAUCCGAUGACGUUUCAUCCUUAUAGAACAGCCAAGUCUAUAAUGCAACAUUGGCUUCAGAUGAAACAUUAUCAACUGCUUGACGACCAGACAGGUAUCUUCCUUGAUAACAAUAUGAGUAAUCAUGAUUUUGCUGUGUUGGUGUUGUGUACUCAGGUGAAUAUGAUGUUUGUGAUGUUACUCUGAGUGUAUAUUCACACAGGGCAAGCUUGAAAAAUAUGCCUGUCCAAAGGUCAUAGCUUCGAUUCCCACCAUGGACAGGCAUAUUUUUCAAGCUUGUCAGUGUGGAUAUACACUCAGAGUAACAUCACAAACAGUCAAACAUCAUAUUCACCUGAGUACACAACACCAACACAGCAAAUCCAACAGAAUGAAAGUGUUGGACUCUUUUAUAUGAACAUUGACCACCACUGAUCUUCUCCAGGAAUAGUUUUGAUGUGCAAUGAUUGUUGUUUCAGUUCUAGCACUGGGGAGUGCAACAGCUACAUUUUCUGACUUCGAAGAGCAAGUGAAAGAUUCAGAAUUAACGUAAGUUUAUAACUUAUUAUUAUACAGAGGUUCUCCCAGGAAUUCUGGAAAUUAUUCAAUUGUUGAUUAAGGUAUUAAUAAAAAGUGGUCCAUUCUAGGGUUCCCAGAGACGAGAUAUUGGAACACGAACUGAGUCUUGCAGAUCGCAGAGCAAAACGUGAAAUUCGACAGUUGGAAGAAGAAAUUCCUAGAUGGCAAGCAAUAGUUGACAGUCUGAACGAGGCUGGUACUGCUCCAACUGAAUUUGAUUCUCAGACAUUGGCUGUUUUAAGAGGAAGGCUGGUGCGAUAUUUAAUGCGUUCUAGAGAGGUAAGAAUUUUGGACGGUUCAGAUAUAGAACGGCUAGUGAUUUGCUGCUCCAGUGAUAAAUUUUAUUUUUUAGAUCACAGUGGGCAGAUCAACAAAAGACAACACUGUCGAUGUGGACUUGUCUUUGGAAGGCCCAGCUUGUAAAGUCUCAAGAAAACAGGUGAGCGCGUAGAGUGAAAUUUCAGUGUAUUAAUUCCAAACAAGUAAUACAUGACACAAAACGCGAUAUGACUUCGUUAAAAUAGGGCUUCGAAGACGUUUUCAUUUGACUUAAAGCAUCGAUGUUCUCUCAAUGUACAUGUGUGUAUAUAUAGUGACGUUUUCGAUUAAAAAACGCCGACCGGUAUUCAAUCGAGCCGUUGUGGACGGUGACAGCCAUUUUUUAUUUCAAGCGAGAACUGCUGGCCUUAUAAGUAACCGCUUAAUUAUUCAAUGCUAGUGACUUACAAGUGAUUUUCCAACAGGCUGUGAUCCGUUUGAAGCCCGAUGGAGAAUAUUAUGUGGUGAAUGAAGGUCGACGACCAAUAUUUAUCGAUGGUAAACCAGUUUUAACAGACGUGAAAGCCAAGUUGCAUCAUAACUCCACAUUUGAGGUACGUUGUCCAUAUUUGUGUUAUGAUAGUCCAUAUCCAAUCACGUUUCAGUAAAACAUCGGCAAUACAAAUAUCAAAAGACUGUAAUUUUUUCCUCUUUUUUUCUUCUCUACACUGCUGUAAAUGUAAAGCUUUAAAUUUGUCUUCUUUAAAAGCUAUUCUAUUAAUUUUGUAGGCUGUUUUUCGGCCGUUUUCAAAGUACAUGAGUAAAGUUACUGUAAUUUACAAUCUGGACACAGGCACUGCACUUUAUUAACGUCAUAUAAUUACAACGUGAAAAGUACAAAAUCAAAUGCACUUAUUUUUGUGCAAAAAUUAUUUGUUAACUUUGGUGGUAUUGUUGUCUGACUCUGUGGAGCACCUUAACGUUAAAUGAACUACACAUUGACCCAAUAGUGCACUCGCAGUCGGUGCUAUUAUACGAUACCAAAUGCAUAUGAUACCAAUUACGGUUUUACCAACAAAAAUAAUUUGACAUUUAAUGUCAUGAUUAAUUGAAAAAGAAUAAUAUGUAAAUUCCAGGACACUUUCCAAGCAGCCGACCAAUUAUUAAACUUCGCCAUUCCUGAAAUGUCAAAUGUGUCGCAUUCCUGAAUGUUUUUAGGCCAAAACAACGUUUUUCGAGUACAAAGAACACCCUCUGUUUCAGUUAUAAUAUUAAACACAUGAAUGAAAAGUUUUAAGUAUUAAGUAUUAAGACGGCCAUUUUAAGUCUUAAGUUUGACUUAAAAUGGCCGGCAAGGACCUGUGGAUUUAAAACAAUUACCGGCUGCUAUUUGAAAGCCUGAACACUAUUAUAUUGCAAGUAUAUACAAGACCAUUCUGAAAAUCACUUCUGUGAGAAUGCCUCCUGAAUAAAGAUUGUUAUCAUCAUCAUCAAGUAAACUAUUACAUCAAAUGUCCUUCUCCAACAAGAUGCUGCUUACAUUAUGUCACACCAUGACAUCUCUUAUUGCGUUUGUAGAUUUGCGGACUUCACUUCGUGUUUUUAAUCAACAAGGAUUACUCUUCCGAACGUAAAGAUCCCGAGAAUCAUUAA